AUGAUCAUAACAAAAGACAGAGAAGUGAACGCGGAUGGAAAGAAAAUGACACAUGGCAGCGUAGGUGUGCUGGUUGCAGCAACUGCACUUUGCUUGUGUUUUGGAGCAUGCGUGGGACAACCUAUGAGCGUCCAGUGGACUUUGUUCAGCAGGAGGAAACCUUGGAGUGCGGCACAGGUUGUGUGUGAGAUGAUGGGAGGCUACCUGGCCAGUCCGGACACCUCCCACAAGCUGAGCGCUUUUGUACAUUUUCUAAACAACUCACCCUGGAACAGCUCAUUGACCGCAGGAGCAUACAUUGGUCUCAUGAAGCCAAACGAAACAUCCUCUGGAUGGUGCUGGCUUGGCAACUGCUCCCUCUCUGUCGACUCACUGUUAGGAACACCACUGAGAAUUGAGAGCUGUGUCUCUCUGUCGUCUGUCAGACCCUACACGAACCCCUGCACCAACGCCAACGAAUACAUUUGCGAGACACAGAAAGGACCCUGUACCUAUGAGGAAAUGCAGGAUACUAUCGUUGCAGCUGACAUUAACUAUACAGAGGACAUCAACCAUCUAACUCAGAUUUUAAGACAACAGGAAGUGGGAUGCAAGAGGUUGUGUGACAUCAAAGGUGAGGACUGCUGGGCGGUCGCUGUGGUGGCAGGAACCGACAGAUGCCGUACUUAUCAAACCUCGUUACCUUUCCUCUUUGAUGACAAAAGCAAAGUGAUGAGCGAAAUAGGAUCCACGCUGUACAUCAAAAGAUGCUACACAGCGUUGCUGGGUUCAACAAGUUUCGAGUUCAUCAGGUACAAGACUGUCUCCCCUGCGUCUCCAUGCAGCUCUGACCAGAGCGGAAGAGUGUAUGUCUUAGUCAUGAAGCCGGCCACAGCACACCGGGCACGUGACCACUGUCUCGCCAUGAACUACAAGCUGGCGGGGUCCAAUGUCACCAGGGAUAGAGAGGAAAUGUUAAACAUCAUCAACAGCUUUUACCCAGAAAUAGUCAACCUGUCAGAUCCUCUGUGGAUAGACCAUCAGACAGGUUUCUACAGUUCCCCAACGCUUUUUCGUCUGGACACUGGAUCAUUCUCGACUUACAAUGAGCACGAGCAUCCGUUUCUAUGCGAGACACACAUGGUUCUUCAGCAGAGCACCUACUCUCAGGACAUCAUUACAAAUGAGGAGGUAACGGAAGCAAAUGUCCCCACAAAAAGCAUCAACAUACAAGAUACCACAAGAACAGGUACCCAGACACUAAGCAUCUCAACACCAGCUACUACAAGAGGAGGUAGCAACACCACAACAGGAGGUAGCAACACCACACGAAAACACGUACAAGACACCAACAUAUCAGACACCCUAACGGAGGCUCCUCCUCACCAUGUCCCUCAGAAGCAGGUCACCGAUCUCAUCAAGCUCACGUUCGCCGCAUAUUCAUGCUCAACUGAAAGUGAUGUCAGGGACAUCAAUCUUGUCUCACUUGUUCUUGAGAAAAAAAGACCUUUCUACAACUAUGCAUCGUCAAGCACUUGA